AUGGCGAUGUGGAGCUCCUUUCUCCUCUUGGUCGUGGGAGUGGCAGCCCACAGCGGCACCUGCCCCGCAAGCAAGAAAUGUGGGGCCGACGCUGGCUCGGAGAAGGGUCUGCCUUGCUGUCAGAUAUCUUCCAACUCCUUCGAGUGCUGCUCCAGCUCCGAAGCCUGUAUUCCCAACGUGGGAUGCCGCUGCGCCGGCGAAGAGAACUUGCGUGAUUACGAGGGCUACAGCUUCGAGGACUACAAGCAAGAGUUCUCCAAGUCCUACGCUGAUCACGAGCACGAGAGCAGGAAAUCGAUCUUCGAGGCGAAUUUGCGGAAGGUGCAGGCACACAACGCCGAGUACAGGCAGGGGCAUCGCACCUGGUACAUGGCCAUGAAUGAGCUGGCCGACCUCUCCUCGCAGGAGUUCGGAGUGAGGCGCUCCACCAAGGUGGCCCACUCGGUGCACCGGCCGUUUUUGCAGCUCGAUGCUGAGGUGCACAAGCCGAACCCGGCCGCUUUCGACUGGCGCAGCAAGGGGGUCGUCACGCCCGUGAAGGAUCAAGGCGGAUGCGGAUCAUGCUGGGCAUUCUCGGCCACCGAGACGGUCGAGUCCCACUACGCGAUCGCAUCUGGCAAGUUGCUGACGCUGGCUCCGCAGACGUACGUGGACUGCGUGGAAAACCCUGAUGAUUGCGGAGGAACCGGGGGCUGCGAGGGAGCGACCAUGGAGUUGGCGUUCAACCUGACCAUCUCGAAGGGUAUUGCUCUGGAGAGCUCUCUUCCCUACGAGGGCCGCGAUGCAUCCUGCCCAAGCUACAAGCCCGCCGUGAAGGCAAAAAGCUAUGUCAGGCUCCCCGUCAACGAGGCAGCCUCGUUGGAGACUGCUUUGGCCACGAAGGGCCCCAUGUCGGUAACCGUGGCUGCUGGGUCGUGGCAGCUGUAUGGUGGAGGCAUUUUCUCGGGCUGCAGCGAAGGAUCGGACAACACCUUGGACCAUGGGGUUCAGGCCGUCGGCUACGCCAAGGACUACUGGCUGAUCAGGAAUUCCUGGGGCCCGGGCUGGGGUGAGAAGGGCUACAUCCGACUGUCUCGUGCCAGUGACAAGAAGACCUUCGUGGACCACAACCCUGCUGACGGCGAAGCCUGCAAACCCUACCCGAAGACGCAGACUAUCGGGGGCGAAUGCGGGGUGCUCUUCGACAGCUCCUACCCUGUCGGGGUUGUUGCUGGGACCGAGGAAGAGAUUGUGGUGUAG